AGGCGGAGCGGGCGGCGGGGCUCGGCGGCGCCGGCGCCACCACCGCCACCAUGGAGACCCCGGGCUAGGGCCCGCCGCGGCCCGCCGGCGCGCUUAGCGGGGCCGGCCCCGCCGCCGCCGCCGCUCCCUUCUCUCUCUCUGUGCGGCGAGAUGCCAGCCCCUGAGCAGACCCCGAUGGUGGAGGAGGGGCUGCCACAGACAACACAGGAGACUUCCACGGGCCCAGGCAUGGAACCAGAGACCACUGCCACUACCAUUUUAGCUUCUGUAAAGGAACAGGAGCUCCAAUUUCAAAGACUUACCAGAGAACUGGAAGUGGAAAGGCAAAUUGUGGCUAAUCAGCUAGAAAGAUGUAGGCUGGGAGCAGAAUCACCAAGUAUCGCCAGCACAAGCUCUACUGAGAAGUCAUUUCCUUGGAGAUCAUCAGAUCCCCAGACCACCAGUGUGCACAAACCCCAAGUGUCAGAGAGCAUUCACACCAAUGCCUAUGACAUUAGGACAGAACCAGAGCAAGGGAGCCUCUACUCACCAGAGCAGACGUCUCUCCAUGAAAGUGAGGGGUCUGUAGGCAACUCGAGAAGCUCCACACAGAUGAACUCUUACUCUGACAGCGGGUACCAGGAAGUAAGCAGUUUCCAUAACAGCCAGAACUUGAGCAAAUCAGAAAGCAGACAGCAGCAUUCCCUAAUUGGAACCACUAAUAACCAUUUGGUGAGGAGCUCACGAGCUGAAGGGCAGGCAUCAGUCCAGCCCUCAGUUGGUACCAACCGAGUCAUGAGGCGCGUCAGCUCGGUGCCAUCCCGAGCACAGUCCCCCUCCUACAUGGUCGGCACGGGAGUCUCCCCUUCCAGGGGGUCGCUGCGGGCGUCCCUGAGCAGCAACUAUGGCUCUCCAUCAGCCGCCGAGCAGAGGUCCCUCCCUUCUCACCCCUACUCCUCCACGACGCUGCCGGCACCGCGAGCGGCGUCGCCCUACGCCGCCCAGAGACCCGCGUCCCCCGGCACCGUGCGGCGUGUCGGCUCCGUCACCUCCCGCCCCUCCACCAACCCCAACGGCAGCGCUGCCCAGUACCAGCCCUCAGGCAGGGUCGGCUCCCCUCUGGCCCUCGCUGACGUACAAACCAGAGUGGCUUCUCCAUCCCAGACGCAGCUGGGGUCCUCCUCCCCCAAGCGCUCUGGCAUGACCGCGGUGCCGCAGCACCUGGGCGCCACGCUGCAGAGGACGCUGCACGACGUGGAGCAGUACGGGCAGCAGUAUGAGAUCUACGAGAGGAUGGUGCCACCACGCCCAGACAGCCUCACAGGCCUGAGGAGCUCCUACGCCAGCCAGCACAGCCAGCUGGGCCAGGAGCUGCGCUCAGCCGUGUCUCCAGACCUGCACAUCACCCCCAUCUACGAAGGCAGGACCUACUACAGCCCCCUGUACCGCAGCCCCAACCACGGGGCCGUGGAGCUGCACCAGGGCUCUCAGUCAGCCUUAUACCGCACGGGCUCAGACCACCUUUGUGACCUGGUUUGUUUUAAUGCUGGUUUCACACUAGGAGUGGGCAACCUGCAGAGGUCCUGCAGCCAGCGCAGCACGCUGACCUACCAAAGGAACAACUACGGCCUGGGCAGCGCCGCGCCCUACGCCGAGCCCUACCGGGCGGUGCAGUACCGGCUGUCCGAGGCCAGCUACGGCCGGCUGCAGCACGCCGCGCCCGCCGACGACGGCACCACGCGCUCCCCCUCCAUCGACAGCAUCCAGAAAGACCCCAGGGAGUUUGCCUGGCGAGACCCAGAGCUGCCUGAGGUCAUUCACAUGCUCCAGCACCAGUUCCCAUCGGUGCAGGCCAACGCCGCUGCCUACCUCCAGCACCUCUGCUUCGGGGAUAACAAAGUGAAGACAGAGGUGUGCAGGCUUGGAGGCAUCAAGCACCUGGUUGACCUCUUGGAUCACCGAGUCCUGGAAGUUCAGAAGAACGCUUGUGGUGCGCUGAGGAACCUUGUUUAUGGGAAGUCCACCGAUGAGAACAAGAUAGCAAUGAAGAACGUUGGGGGGAUCCCCGCCCUCCUGCGGUUGCUGAGGAAAUCUGUGGAUGCUGAAGUGAAAGAGCUUGUCACAGGGGUCCUCUGGAACCUGUCCUCGUGCGACGCGGUGAAGAUGACAAUCAUCAGAGACGCGCUGGCGCCGCUGACGAGCGCGGUGAUCGUGCCCCACUCGGGCUGGAACAGCUCUUCCUUCGACGAGGAUCACAAAAUCAAAUUCCAGACUUCCCUGGUGCUGCGCAAUACCACAGGCUGCCUCAGGAACCUGAGCUCGGCAGGAGAGGAGGCCCGGAAGCAGAUGAGGUCCUGCGAGGGGCUGGUGGAUUCGCUGCUCUAUGUGAUCCACACGUGUGUGAACACCUCGGAUUACGACAGCAAGACAGUGGAAAAUUGCGUGUGCACCCUGAGAAACCUUUCUUACCGCUUGGAGCUGGAGGUCCCUCAGGCACGGCUGCUGGGAAUCAAUGAACUGGAUGACUUGUUGGGAAAGGAGUCGCCUAGCAAAGACUCAGAGCCCAGCUGCUGGGGGAAAAAAAAGAAGAAGAAAAAAAAAACUUCCCAGGAGGAGCAGUGGGACGGAGUUGGCCCCAUCCCAGGAUUUUCCAAGUCCCCCAAAGGUGUGGAGAUGCUGUGGCACCCAUCCGUGGUGAAGCCGUACCUAACGCUGCUGGCGGAGAGCUCCAACCCAGCCACCCUGGAGGGCUCUGCAGGAUCUCUCCAGAACCUCUCUGCAGGCAACUGGAAGUUCGCAGCGUACAUCCGAGCCGCUGUCAGGAAGGAGAAGGGGCUGCCCAUCCUGGUGGAGCUGCUGAGGAUGGACAACGACAGAGUGGUCUCGUCUGUGGCGACUGCCCUGCGGAACAUGGCGCUGGACGUGCGGAACAAGGAGCUCAUCGGCAAGUACGCCAUGCGGGAUCUGGUGAACCGCCUGCCCGGGGGCAACGGCCCCAGCGUGCUGUCGGAUGAGACCGUGGCAGCCAUCUGCUGCGCCCUGCACGAGGUCACCAGCAAGAACAUGGAGAACGCCAAGGCCCUGGCCGACACCGGCGGCAUCGAGAAGCUGGUGAACAUAACGAAGGGCAGAGGGGACAGAUCAUCGCUGAAGGUUGUGAAGGCAGCUGCUCAGGUGCUGAACACGCUCUGGCAGUACCGGGAUCUGCGCAGCAUCUAUAAAAAGGAUGGAUGGAAUCAAAGUCAUUUUAUAACACCAGUGUCAACACUAGAGCGAGAGAGAUUCAAGUCGCAUCCUUCCCUAUCAACAACAAAUCAACAGAUGUCACCCAUCAUGCAGUCAGUUGGCAGCACGUCCUCGUCGCCGGCGCUGCUGGGCAUUCGCGAGCCCCGCUCCGAGUACGACCGCACCCAGCCCCCUGUGCAGUACUACAGCAGCCAGGGCGACGGCAUCGCACAUAAAGACAUCUACACUGGUUCCAGCAAAGCUUCACCAAUUUACAUCAGUUCCUAUUCCUCACCAGCAAGAGAACAAAACAGACGACUACAGCAUCAUCAGUUGUACUACAGCCAAGAAGACACCACCAGAAAGAACUAUGACACGUACAGGUUAUACUUGCAGUCCCCACACAGCUACGAAGACCCCUAUUUUGAUGACCGAGUUCACUUCCCUGCCGCGUCCGAUUACACAGCACAGUAUGGACUGAAAUCCACCACAAACUACGUAGACUUUUAUUCCACCAGACGCUCCUCUUACAGAGCAGAACAGUACCCAGGUUCACCUGACUCCUGGGUGUAGCAUCACAGAGGAAAGAACAGCCGUGCGUUUCUCGCCUUGCUUUGAGAAGAAACGGAAUGGGCCACGUUUGUUGUUUGGGUUAUGAAAUGUGAAAGUGAAUCAGAAAAG